AUGGCUCUGAUCAUGGAACCGGUGAGCAAAUGGUCUCCGAGUCAAGUAGUGGACUGGAUGAAAGGUCUUGAUGACUGUUUGCAGCAGUACAUUAAGAACUUUGAGCGGGAGAAGAUCAGUGGAGAUCAGCUGCUCCGCAUCACACAUCAGGAACUAGAAGACCUGGGAGUCAGCCGUAUUGGCCAUCAGGAGCUGAUACUGGAGGCAGUUGACCUUCUUUGUGCACUGAAUUAUGGCUUGGAAACAGAAAAUCUAAAAACCCUUUCUCACAAGUUGAAUGCAUCUGCCAAAAAUCUACAGAACUUCAUAACAGGAAGGAGAAGGAGUGGCCAUUAUGAUGGGAGGACCAGCAGAAAAUUGCCAAAUGACUUUCUGACCUCAGUUGUGGAUCUGAUUGGAGCAGCCAAGAGUCUCCUUGCCUGGUUGGACAGGUCACCAUUUGCUGCUGUGACAGACUAUUCAGUCACAAGAAAUAACGUAAUCCAGCUCUGCUUGGAACUAACAACAAUCGUGCAGCAGGAUUGCACUGUAUAUGAAACUGAGAAUAAAAUUCUUCAUGUGUGUAAAACUCUUUCUGGAGUGUGUGACCACAUCAUAUCCCUGUCAUCAGAUCCUCUGGUUUCACAGUCGGCUCACCUGGAAGUGAUUCAGCUGGCAAAUAUUAAGCCAAGUGAAGGGCUGGGUAUGUAUAUUAAAUCCACAUAUGAUGGCCUCCAUGUAAUUACUGGAACCACAGAAAAUUCACCUGCAGAUCGAUGCAAGAAAAUCCACGCUGGUGAUGAAGUGAUUCAAGUUAAUCAUCAGACUGUGGUGGGGUGGCAGUUGAAAUUGGUGAAUGCACUACGAGAGGACCCGAGUGGUGUUAUCUUAACUUUGAAAACGCGGCCUCAGAGCAUGCUUACCUCAGCACCAGCUUUACUGAAAAAUAUGAGAUGGAAGCCCCUUGCUCUGCAGCCUCUUAUACCUAGAAGUCCCACAAGCAGCGUUGCCACGCCCUCCAGCACCAUCAGUACACCCACCAAAAGAGACAGCUCUGCCCUCCAGGAUCUCUACAUUCCCCCUCCUCCUGCAGAACCAUAUAUUCCCAGGGAUGAAAAGGGAAACCUUCCUUGUGAAGACCUCAGAGGACAUAUGGUGGGCAAGCCAGUUCAUAAGGGAUCUGAAUCCCCAAACUCAUUUCUGGAUCAGGAAUAUCGAAAGAGGUUUAACAUCGUGGAAGAAGAUACCGUCUUGUAUUGCUAUGAAUAUGAAAAAGGAAGAGCAAGUAGUCAAGGAAGACGAGAAAGCACACCAACCUAUGAAAACUCUCUACUUCGAUAUAUGAGCAAUGAAAAAAUUGCUCAAGAAGAAUACAUGUUUCAGAGAAACAGCAAAAAAGACACAGGAAAGAAGUCAAAAAAGAAGGGUGAUAAGAGUAAUAGCCCAACUCACUAUUCACUGCUACCUAGUUUGCAAAUGGAUGCAUUGAGACAAGACAUCUUGGGCACACCAGUUCCAGAAACCACUCUGUACCAUACAUUUCAGCAGUCCUCUCUGCAGCACAAAUCAAAGAAGAAAAACAAAGGAGCCAUAGCAGGCAAGAGCAAAAGACGAAUUUCUUGCAAGGAUCUUGGCCGUGGUGACUGUGAGGGAUGGCUUUGGAAAAAGAAGGAUGCAAAGAGCUAUUUUUCACAGAAAUGGAAGAAGUACUGGUUUGUCCUAAAGGAUGCGUCCCUAUACUGGUAUAUUAAUGAAGAGGAUGAAAAAGCAGAAGGAUUCAUCAGUCUGCCUGAAUUUAAAAUUGAUAGAGCCAGUGAAUGCCGCAAGAAAUAUGCAUUCAAAGCCUGCCAUCCUAAAAUCAAAAGCUUCUAUUUUGCUGCUGAACAUCUUGAUGACAUGAACAGGUGGCUCAAUAGAAUUAACAUGCUGACUGCAGGAUAUGCAGAAAGGGAGAGGAUUAAGCAAGAACAAGAUUACUGGAGUGAGAGCGACAAAGAAGAAGCAGAUACUCCAUCCACACCGAAGCAGGGACAGCCUCCACCCCCCUAUGAUACAUACCCACGGCCUCCCUCUAUGAGCUGUGCCAGUCCUUACGUGGAAUCGAAGCACAACCGGCUCUCCUCCACAGAGACCUCUCAGUCUCAGUCUUCGCAUGAGGAGUUUCGCCAGGAAGUUACUGGGAGCAGUGCCGUGUCCCCCAUUCGCAAGACAGCCAGUCAGCGCCGCUUGCAGGAUUUAAUCGAGACACCGCUGACAAGUUCAGGCUUACAUUACCUUCAGACUCUGCCUCUGGAAGAUUCUGUCUUCUCUGACUCGGCGGCCAUCUCCCCUGAGCACAGGCGGCAGUCGACUCUUCCAACUCAGAAGUGCCAUCUCCAGGAUCACUACGGCCCUUACCCGUUAGCGGAGAGUGAGAGGAUGCAGGUGUUAAGCAGCAACGGGGGCAAGCGCAGCUUCACCCUGCCUCGAGACAGCGGGUUCAACCAUGCUGUCCUGAAUGCACCGGUUAGUGCCUGUGACCCAGAUGACAUCCAGCCACCAGAGGUGGGAGAGGAAGAGGAAGAAGGGGAGGCAGCAGGGGAAAACAUAGGCGAGAAAAAGUAAGUAUGUGAAAACCAGGAAGAGAAGUUAGGAAACUCCUUGCAAGAUUUGUACAGGGCACUGGAGGAAGCCAAUCUGUCACCAAUAGGAGAACAUCGCAUUUCAACCAAGAUGGAAUACAAGCUAUUAUUUCUAAAAAGAUGUAAUGAUCCUGUGAUGAAUGAAAAACUGCACAGGCUGAGAAUUCUUAAAAGCACUUUAAAGGCCAGAGAAGGGGAAGUAGCCGUUAUUGACAAAGUCCUCGACAAUCCAGACUUGACAUCUAAAGAAUUCCAACAGUGGAAGCAGAUGUACCUCGACCUUUUCUUGGAUAUCUGUCAAAGCACCACCUCAAAUGACCCACUAAGUAUUUCUUCUGAAGUAGAUGUUAUCUCUUCCUCUCUAACACAUACUCAUUCAUACAUUGAGACACAUGUGUAAGUGCAUUCUGAUUCGAGGCCACCUAGUACCUGCUGGUACUCUGAACAGGUACAUGAGGUAGUUUUUUUAUCAAUGUGUUGGACACUUGACAAGCUAUACUUUAAUGUUACCAAACUAUAUGAAACAAAGCAUACAUGGU